AUGGUCCCAACUGUUGACAGUCCCGACACUGAAACUGGUUACUACCAGACACACCCUCACGAAAUGGUAACAUCGCUGGGUAAUGAAUCAGCUGCCAGUGACGGCCAUCGCACCAUACCACGACCGACGCCUGCGGAAUUUCGCAAGCUAGUAUCUGGUCCCGAAAGACGAGGUGCCAACGUCAAAUUAACACUUCCAGUGGUCAAAAUCCUCUUGCGGCGCACAUCACAUGUGCGCGGUGAACUCAAAAUGAAGAUGCGCUCACUUACGAGCUCAUUUUUUGGGUUCCAGCCAAGUCUUUCGAGGGAUGUGAUAGGGCAAAACCAAGACCUGGCAGAAUCUUUGAAAAAUGGUUCAGCAUUUGCCUUCAAGGACUGGACAUUGACAGGGCUCUAUAAAUCCGAGCUACUGCAAGACGGUAGCAUCACAGGGUUCGGUGUCGAAGCCCUCACUCUGCUGUCGGCUGCAUCCCGGAUUGGUGACAAGGCUUUUGAUGAUGCGAUUCACGAGUACCAACUUGAGGAGGAGGGUGCAGAGGCUAACAGGAGUUGA